AUGAAACUAACGAGCCCUGGACAGACUGCCAAGAAACGCAAAGAGAAUCGGGAUAAGAUUCUUGAAGCAUUCGAAAGUAUUCCCGAAAGUAUUUUGUCGAUUAAUCUCGCCUGUGGCCUGCUAAAGCCCACCGAAGCGGACGAAAAGUUUCGCGAAACUUUAAAAGUCGAUGAAAUACUCUCUGAAUGGAACAAUUACAUAUCGACUCUCAAAGAACGUGUGACGCAAAUGAGGGAUCGACUUUGGAGCGAAGUCGCGUACCACAGCGCCGAGGCCCACCGACUGGGAACCCAGACGAAUACAAAGCUUGAUACUUUCGGCAAUCGGAUUGUUGCUCUCGGGCCUGCCAUUAUUGAUGCAAUGAAGACAGAGUUUGGCAACGAGUUUCGGAAGAUGGAACGCGCCAUUCAGGCCAACGAGGUAGGAGCCAGGGCGCAGACUCUUCUCCUCUAUGGGUUUGAGGAGCUAGAACAGGCAAACAGCCAGACUGGUGGCCUUGAUGCCCACCGUUUUGGUAAUGUAGAGGCAAACUAUAACAGUUAUGCAUUCGUCCCGAAUGGCAUACAAGGAGAGCCCUCGCCGGCACAAAUCGAGCCAUGCGCAAUCAUCACAGAACUAGAGCUAUUAGGCCUCCUCAGAGUGCCACCGUCAUCUGCCCUAGAGGAUUUGGACUUCACUUUACAGCAGUCAAACAGGUUUCCCGAGUCGUUGCUCCGACAAGUAUGGUGGUUGACUAACAUGGACGAGUUCGUGAGCUGGUACCACGGUCCCGAGUCUUCAUUACUCAUAGCAGAUGGCUAUCUGGACACCGUUCCGUCGGAGAUGAUCACACUCAUUUCAAUCUUCGCCGCUAGCUUCAUCCUUAACCUCGUCCGCAAUCCCACUCGUAUCGUCUUAUAUUUCUUCGCCGGCCUUUAUAACGGUGACGACGCACAUGAAAACCCAGAUAUCAGCGGCCUAUGCGGACUGGCUCGCAACUUGAUCGCUCAACUCCUAUCCCAUGAGGGUCUCCCCGAGCCAGACCUCAGCUUUCUAACAUACGAGUGGAUUGAUGCUUGCCGAGAUGACGACCUCAAGGCGCUGGGCGAGCUAUUCAAACAACUGAUACUACAGGUACCUCGGGGAAUACAGGUAUUCUGCAUUGUCGACGGUUUGGUCAUCUAUGAAGACCAUCACACAUGGGGCCGACAGAUAGACUAUGUUGCAGCCCUCUUCCAAAAUAUGGCGAUUAACACUGGGUUUCAUGACACACCUGUUUUCAAGGCCUUGUUCACAUAUGCCAACAGAAGUCUGCAAAUCUCAGAUAGGGUGGAUAGGUUUCCUGACAUUUGGGGACAUGCUGCACUAGCGACUCACCAAAUGGACGCUGCAGCAGAUGCGAAUCUGUACCACCGAGUCCUUCAGAUAAUCCACGAAACAGGCCAAUUCAUCGAUGAUCUUACAGCGAAGUACUUCCAGGGCCCUCAUCAUUAUCUACCAGUUGUCUCGCGAUCUCGUUUUCAGAGCAAUCUCAUUUCACUCGGCGCUGUUCCAUCCGCUGGGUUUUCUAUUCUUUUAUUGACAAUCUGUUUGACUGCGUCUUCCGCGUCGAAACCGAAGUCAAGUGCUUAUCAUCUUUCUCCGACACAUACAAAAAACCGUGCGCUGUAUCUUGCAGCAAAGGCCUUUCUGUCCCGGGUUCAGAGCUCUAACCCAACCUGCAUUUCCCUGAUUCAAUCACGUCUCUUACUCGCUCUUUAUGAUUACACACAUGGUCGGCCAGAAGACGCAUUCGAAGCCAUUGCAGGAUGUGCCCGUAUGGCCUAUCGUGCCCGAUUACAUCUCAACUGCCGCCCGAUUGUCUCUGUAGAGACCCUCCCGGACCCAGAUGCACAAUUACGAGCAGAGGGGGCUAACACAUGGUGGGGAAUCGUCAUCUGCGAGCGGACAUUUUUCUGCGAAAUAAGAUUCCAGGAACAACCCCUUAUCACGGUCAUCCCAAGUGACGCCAUUCUCCCUUCCGGAACCGCGGAAGAAAACCGAAAUGAUUACUGUAUACCUUCCUUGUUCAUAUCAGCCAAUACCAAUAUUAAAGGCAAUGCGAACGGGUUUGAUCGUUCCGUUCAGGCUGCCUGUCUGUUGGACAGAGUCUUCAAGAGCUUCGAGAUGUCGGAUCUGGACUCCAAGCUCGUCGAACUUCAAGAUUUGGAUAUCGAUAUCCAGUCCUUCCUCACUGAGCUCAUGCGACAAUGUUAUUCCCGGGAUGAAACGAGUGAAUACUGUCAAUCAAUUGCCAUCACUAUCCGGACACUCUUGAAGCUACAUUCCCACAUUAUAGAGAAGCUGGACCGUGGAAUCUACUUUCGGGAUCAGAUGCUGCAAAACCGAUAUCAAAAAUCACAGGCGGCGCUCGAUACCGUGACUCAAAUGCCGCAAGCGCUAGCAACACCACAACCGAUUCUAGCUCCAGCUCCAACGCCCUUCGACACCUUGCCCAAUUGGUUACGUGCUGUCAUCGAUUCCAUCGGAAUCGAUGCCUCGACUUGUCGCAAUCAUGGGGAUCCUGGCUAUUCUCGUCAGCUACCCGUUCUUCCUCCCGACUAUCGUUGUUUGGGAUAUGACCCCGAUCGGGUAAACUCCACGAUCAAUAUCCAGGAUCAAAGCGCCUUUUUCGCUCGUCUACCGCUUGAAGUUCGUGAAUUGAUCUACAUAUGUUUGCUGGGAAACCGUCGCAUCCAUGUCAAUUAUGACUUUCAUCCUCGAAGGCGACGAUGGCGAUGGUGGUAUCGCGUGUGUGACGACCCACAAUACUGUCCCGAUAAAUCAGAUCCGUUCGUGUGCCCGGAGUAUGCGGGGGCGGAGGAGGCUAUGCUGGAGCUGGGUUCGAGCGCCUGGGUGAGACCAGGGUUCGAAUACAAAUUCUAUGCGCUGGGCUGGUUGGUGUGCUGUUGGAGAGCUUACCAAGAAUCGUUAUUACUGUUAUAUCAGUCCAACUGUUUCGUCCUCACCCACGGCAUUGACCAGCUCUUCCGGUUCUGUCGAAUCAUAACCCCCGUACCACCUCACAUUGAUCACGUCCAUGAGCAUCGAGAUCGAUAUCUAUCGCGCGUCUAA